AUGGAGACCUCAAGCCCAUUGCCAGACACGCCAGUGUCCCUGCUGAGAGCUAUUGACGGUAGUCACCUUAGAUGGUCCGACUUUCGAACGAUUGUCCUCAGUGCAUUUCGGAUCAUCUUCACCGACAAUCUCCAGUUGUCCGAGUUGUCACGGCCCUUCUCUGACAGACUGAGGCCUUGCCUGCAGAAGCUUGACCGGUUCGACAAUCAAGAGAUAGAAUGGCGGGAACAGGUCACAAGUAACAAGGGAUUUGGAUCGUCAAUGGUGUUCCCUCCGAACAUCCUCCCCACGACGGGUGUCAACCUCAACCUCCAUCGAUCUCUGGCCCCAAAGCUCAAUCGAGAAGCACUUCCGCCGCGAGCCGUCAAGGCUCAAGAGAGUCUUUUCGAGCUGCCUGUUCCUCGACCUGGCCUCCUUACUGGGUUCACGACGCAGGCAUUCAACGAGAGAGAAUUGUCGGUUCUGCCUCAUUGCACAUCAGCAACGGGGACGAUUGUCGAUUUCGACUCGGGCACCGUGUCUCCAGGAACAAACACCUACUGCCCGUUCCUUGUCUUUGAGCGAUUGAACACCACGUCGGAGGAUGCUGUCCAGUCUGCCAAAAAUCAAUGUGCAAUCGCCGGAGCCCACUGUGUCAGGGCCUUGCAGCUUUUGUUCAGAAAAUGCACUAAGCCCCGUCCGGUCUUUGAAAAACCAAUAUCAUUCUCUUGUGCCCUCGACAAUUCCAUCGCUCUUGUCUACUACCACUACGUUGAUGCUGACGGCCGCUACUGUAUGUCGGAACUCUCCAGGUUCAAUCUUGACGACACGAGUGCUUUCAAGGAAUUCCAGGCAUGGAUCGAAGCGAUCGAGGAUUGGGGAUCGACAUACCUCCUACCCGUCAUUAAAAUUGCACUGAGACAACUCCUCAAGAGCCAUGGGACCCCGCCAAUAUCACCUAUGCCAUCACUCACGCUGUCAAUUGACACGGCCGCGGGAAGUGAUGAGGUCUUGAUGAAAGUCCUCCGCUCCACAUUUGGCACCAUCAAAUGGAAAUGUGAAGGGGAGUGCGAAACCCCGCUGAACAGUAGUAUCGCUCACUGUGGCACGCCACUCGGCGCCCGCAAAAUCAGGACCCUGGCUCUGUCGCCCACCUCACCGGUUGAUAUAAUGAGCGUGGUGUCGGGGCCCACCACGCCACUUUCCGUGUGGCGUAUGAGGCCAGACCGGUCCACCAGAUCCCCUACUGCCCGAAGGCAUCCUUUGUCGCCCUUGAGACUACGAUCUGAUAUCCCGGACUCUCCAUGUCGACGCGCCAGUCUCUCCCCAUGCACCCCUCCGCCAGAAGCCCCCAAUUCGGCGAAAUCCCCUAUGCUGGUACUGCAGAAGAGGGUAGAUUUGGCCAUGGAUGAAAUCCAAGAACUGAGGGCUCUGGUGCAGAUACUACAGGGGGAACUCGAGUCGACGAACAAUCAACUCGAGUUGGGCAGGAAGACGGCCGACAUCAUGACACCCGAAGCAUGUGAAGACGUUCCCGGCCGUCCGACAACUGGGCAUUCAACCAAUUUGAGAGAUUACCUUGUCCGGAGCCUUUCUCCGCUCUCCCACCUACCGUUGACCCAUGUUACUCAGAACCUCCUGGCCUCUGGGCUGUUAUUGCCUUGGGCCCUGUGCUUGUUCUUACUUGUCUCAGUUCUUUUAUCCGAUGACCUGAUGGUGGCUGCGUUUUAUCUAGCGCAGUUACCAGGAAGCGUGUUUGUCUGA